GCGUCGCUGCGUGGAACGCGGUGUAACAAUGCGGCGCUGGCCAAUGGGAGGCGGAGGGUGAAGUGAUACAAGCCGGGUGAUCCUUUGGGUGAAACUACACGGGCGGCACAAGGCGACAUCUCCAUCAUGGCUCAAGCUGAUAUUGCACUCAUCGGGCUGGCUGUAAUGGGCCAAAACCUCAUCCUGAACAUGAACGAUCAUGGCUUUGUGGUUUGUGCCUACAACAGAACGGUUGCCAAAGUGGACAGCUUCCUGCAGAACGAGGCCAAAGGGACCAAGGUGAUCGGUGCCCACUCCCUGGAGGAGAUGGUGAAGACACUGAAGAAGCCUCGCCGCAUCGUGAUGCUGGUGAAGGCCGGCGAGGCUGUCGAUGACUUCAUCCAGAAGCUGAUUCCUCUUUUGGAAAAGGGUGACAUCAUUAUUGACGGUGGGAAUUCCGAAUACAGUGACACCACGCGGAGAUGCAAGGAGCUGAAAGCCAAGGGUUUGCUCUUUGUGGGGAGCGGUGUCAGUGGCGGCGAGGAUGGGGCCAGAUACGGACCGUCCCUGAUGCCGGGAGGACACAAGGAGGCUUGGCCUUACAUCAAGGAUGUCUUCCAGAGUAUUGCUGCCAAGGUUGGCACUGGUGAACCGUGCUGUGACUGGGUGGGAGAUGAGGGAGCGGGCCACUUUGUGAAGAUGGUCCACAACGGCAUUGAGUACGGGGACAUGCAGUUGAUCUGUGAAGCCUACCACCUGAUGAAGGACAUUCUACGCAUGGACCACGAUAAAAUGGCCAAGGUGUUCCUGGAGUGGAACAAGACGGAGCUCGACUCAUUCCUGAUGGAAAUCACAGCCGACAUUCUCAAGUUCAAGGACCCCAGCGGGAAGCACCUGCUGCCGCAGAUCAGAGACUCGGCGGGACAGAAGGGAACGGGGAAGUGGACGGCCGUCUCCGCGCUGGAGUUUGGAAUGCCCGUCACCCUGAUAGGUGAAGCUGUCUUUGCGAGAUGCCUGUCUUCCCUGAAAGAUGAGCGUGUGAUAGCCUGCAAGCAACUGUGUGGACCCAAAGGAUCGAAACUCUCUGGGAGUGAGAAGUCAUUCCUGGAGAAUAUACGCAAGGCUCUCUAUGCUUCAAAGAUCAUCUCCUACACCCAGGGGUUCAUGCUCCUGAGACAAGCGGCUAAAGAGUUUAACUGGUAUUUGAAUUACGGUGGGAUUGCACUGAUGUGGAGAGGUGGCUGCAUCAUCCGGAGUGUCUUUCUAGGAAAGAUUAAAGAUGCAUUCGAUGCAAACCCCGAUCUGCAGAACCUGCUACUUGACGGAUUUUUCAAGAAGGCGAUUCACGAAUGUCAGGAUUCCUGGCGUAAUGUGGUCAGCACUGGGGUGAAGAUGGGGAUUCCAAUGCCCUGCUUCAGUACAGCCCUGUCCUUCUAUGAUGGUUACAGGCAUGGCGUGCUUCCAGCCAACCUUAUACAGGCACAAAGGGAUUACUUUGGCGCUCACACGUAUGAAAUGCAGAACAACCCCGGGACUUUUGUCCACACCAAUUGGACAGGUCACGGUGGAAAUGUGGCGUCAACUGCGUACAAUGCCUAAACCGUCAGCGCUGGCAAAAUACUGGUGAAAUAACAUUCCACGUAGAUAUUUUAAACAUUCUGCACUGGUGUCUGGUUUAGAAUCGCAGAAGAUAAACUUACUGUAAACUCAAAUGAUCAACUAAACUUGAAGCUAACUGAAAUUUUCAUGAAUAAUAAAACUUAUGUUAGUUUUGAGCA